UUUAAAAAUUUAUAAUAUUAUCACACAAUUAAAAAUUUAAGAUAUUGUGUAUUAAUUACAAUAAAUAUCAAUAUAUAUUACAUAUAUUUUCGUACACAACUACGUGAAAGUAUAAUAAAUCAUACACAGUAGUUUGAUAUAAUAUCACAGCAAGUGACGAUUGGACUAAAAUAUGACCAAGUUGAUGCACAAAAAUAAAUAUUCAUUUUCAAUCAUUUAAAUCUAAACAAAGAAUUGUACAUAAAGUUUAUACAAUAUAUUAGAAUAAUAUUCAUAUAUAAAUUUUUUAUCUUUUUUAGUUAAUUAAUUUUACUUUUUUAUAUUAUUGUAUAUUUAUAGCAUAUACAAAAAUAUAUCACAAGAUUCAUAAUUCCAUCACAUAAAAAACUAUCUCGUAAUAAGUAUACCUAAUAUCAAAUAAACGAUAUAAUGAAAAUAGACAUUACUAUAGAUUACCAACUGUAUAUUUGUAAUUACCAACUCUAUAUUCUUAUAUUCUACUGAUGAUGUCGCCAUUUUCUUUGCUGCAUCUAUGACAAACUUCAUAUACCUCAUAUGUUUCUGUUUGCGCGAAAAACGUGUACAGCGAAAUGAAAUAAACGUAAAUUAUAAAAGGAUUUUCUGAAGAAAGAAUUGUAUAAAAUAUUAUUUUAAAAUAUGAAAGUGAUUGUCACUAUUGUGUGAUUAUAUUUUUUAAGCUAAAAAGCUAAAAAAUUUAUGAUAUGGCAGAAAUUUCGAAUUCUACUGUGUUUACAAACGAUGCACCUUCUACUGGUGCUUCUGAUCUUCUUCAACAAGCUUUUCAACAAGUUGUUGAUGAUGACGACCAUGAUAAUGAAUUUGUGGCAUUUUUACAAAAUGACGAUAAUGAUUCUCAAACUAUUCACUUGACUCCAGAACAAGCAGCAGCUUUAGGCUUAACCUUUGAGGUAACCUCGAAUGAAGAGGUUAUAUAUCAACAAGAUCAAGAUAAUACUACUUCAAAUAUAGCAGAAAAUAUUUCUAUAAAAGAUAAAAUUAAUGAACAGGAUCAAAAUUCAUUAUCUUCUCAGGAAUCUAUAAAAAUUGAUCAGUUAAAUUAUCAAUCUGAACAAAUACAAAAAUCCAAUGAAACUGAAUUGAUUAAAACAGAGUGUAUUGAUUUUCAAGAAUGGCAUAUGCAAAAAGUUUCUCAAACAGAACAACUUCAAGAUCAAGUAGUUGAAAAUGAUAUAUCAUUAGAAGAAAUGAAUUUGAAUAGUCAAAAUCAUGAAUCUCAACAAAUAAUUGAACAUCAAAAUAAUAUAAUUCAACAAAAUUCGAAUGCACAGACAUUAGUUUUGGAUCAGCCUAAAGUACAUGGAAUAAAAACAGAUAUUACGCAAGUAAAAAAUAUUCAUGAAAAUGAAUUGCAAUAUACUAUUGAAGAUAAUAUAGCACAAAAUCAACUUAAUACAAUGCCUAAUACUCAAGCGCAAAUUUUACAAAAAUUACCUGUGAUUUUACCAUCUUCACAAUUUAUUAUAAAACCUGCACAAACUAUAUUAAAACCAGCUAAAAAUAUUAGAUUACUUCAAAAUUCGAAUAAACUCUCUAACACAACUGUUAAUUCCAUUAAUGCUGUACAUUCACUUAAUACUAAUUCAAAUCCUAAUUCUGUAUUACUUUCAAAGGCUACAAUAGUAAAUAAUUUAUCACCACAAAUAAUAAAAGCUACACCUAUAACAGCUCAGUUAUUAAAUAGUGGUAUAUCUGCACAAUUAUUAAAUACUUCUCAGUUUUUAACUGGUACUUGUGACAUACAAAAUCAAUCUGUUGGUACUUCACAUAUUUCAAAUACUAUUGUAAAUACUACAUCUGGAGCAACGCAAAAUCUUGUUACUUCACAAAUACGUUUGUCUCCAAUUGUAAAAACAUCACAAUCUCUUCAAAAAGGAAAUGUUCAACAAUUUUUAACUCCAGUGCUAAAAAGUGCAUCAACUGUGCUUCCAAAGACUAAUCAAAUUCUUAAUAAUACCAAUGUGGCUACAGCUAUUCCUGCACAAUUUUUAAAAUCUGUACAAAUCCCUUCUCAGUUACUUAAAACAAGAACCACUAUUGGUAAAAAAAAUUCAGGAAUAAUUGGAACAGCAAAAACUACAGCUAAUUCUGAUACACCUGUUGUACUUCGAACUGCAUCUAUUGUAAAAACUCAAGAUUUAAAAACAGUAACAACAAAUUCUAUUUUAAAACCAACUCAAAUUUCAUCAACACCUAUAUCUAUUUUAAAACCUCAAACAAAAAUUACAUUUAACAAUGCAACUAAACAAAAUGUGACUGUUGCAAACCAAAAUAUUACUAAUGUUUCAAGUAAUUUACAAAAUACUUCACAAAAAACACCUAUAACACAACAUAGCAAUACAUAUGAAUCUAUUAAAUCAAUUCAAAAUGAAACUACUAGACAAAAACUUAAUUUUAUAGUAAAUGGCACAAAUCUUAAAGUAAAUAAAAAAGUUAAAAGUACUCCUAUUAAAUCUACAACAAUAGUAAAUGAAUCUACAGAUGCAUCUAAACCAUUAGGUUCUAGUGAAAAUCCAAUACAAAUAGUUCAGCAAGGUCAAACAUUUCAUAGUAUGCAACGUUUAACACCAAUGCAAUUAAAACAAAUUGCACAUGUUUUGCAACAACGUAGCCAAGAAACAACUACAUCAAAUGAAAGAGUAGUAUAUAGAGUGGUAUUUCCCGAAGAAUUGGAUUUACAAAUUAGAAAUCCAGGAAAUUUAUUAAAAAAUCGUGGUGGAAAAAGAGGUAGACCAAAAAAAAGUACUAUAAGACCUUCAUUGCUUCCACCUAAACCACCACCAAUUCCUGAUGAAGAACAAGAAGAAUUAAAGGAUGAAAGAAAAAAAGUUGUGGCCAGAACACGAUCUGGUAGACUUUCUCGACCUCCUAGACAUAUGGUGCGAGAUUAUAAACAUUUACAUCAUUUAGAUUUUCUACAACCUGACUUAGAUGAUUCAGAUGGUGGUUAUAGUGAUUAUAAUACUAAUAAUGAUAAACUUGAAGAAGAAGAAUCACCUAAAGAAUUAUUAACAGGUCUUGAAGUACCAAAAAGAAAAAUAUCAGAUCAUUUUAGAUGUCCUACAUGUAAUAAAAUAUAUUUAGGGCGUACUCGUAUGGCAAGGCAUUUUGAAAUGCAUCCUGAUCAUGGAAGUCCUGAGCAACUACCUCCUCCAACACCUGAACCUGAAUUAAAACAAAAUGGAGGACAAGAUCCUUUAAAACGUAAAGGGAAAAAACGAGGUCCUUGGGCUUACGUUACACCAGAAGCUAAAUCAGAAAGACGCCAAAUAAAAUUGCAAGAAGCGAUUUCUGUAUGUGAAAAUCUCGAAAUAAUAAAAAUUGCUGCAAAACCGGUACUUAACGCACAAUCAUUAUUUGAUUUAUUGGUACUAAAGUCUGAAAAUAAUGUAAGAAAUUUUUUGGACGAGUUAAAACAAUUAAUGGAUAAAAUACGAGAAAAAGUUGGAACAAUGUUAACAAUUACAAAUAGCGAUGAAGAAUUAAGCGAAGAUUUAAUUGAUAUCAGUGAAGAAUCACUUUGUGAUGCUUUAGGUCUUAAUCCAGGAUUAUAUAAAAUUAACAAUGAAGCUCUAAAAAAAGGUGAUACUUCUAUUUGCACUACUUAUGACAAUAGAGAGCCACCUCUUAAACUUCAAAAAAUAGAUAAUUCUGAAGAUGGUAAAGAAAAUAUAGAGGAACGAAUGUCCAGUGGUUUUUCUGAAAGUUCAGAUCUUAGUGUUUCUGACUUUUUAAGUGAUAGAAGAAAUGAUUCUGUAACAAAUCCUACUUGUCCAGAAGUGCUAUCUGCUUUAACAUUAAUGCGAAGAAAUCCUAGUCCUGUGAAUAAUGCAGAGAAUAAUAAAUCUAACAAUGUUUCAAAACUUUUAAUUUCAAAUCCAGAAAUUCAAAAUCAAAUUUCAGAUAAUCCUGGAUUUCAAAAAGUUGAUAUCACUUCACCAAAAAUUUCAAAUUAUCAAAAAUCAGAGUCUCAUAAAGAAAACUUUACAAAAUUAGGAAAUGGUUUAGGAUCAUCAAACUUUUGUAAAAUUGAAAAUAAUUAUGAACAAUCUAAGAUAGAACAUAUGGAACAAGCUUUUAUAAAAUUAGAACCAACAGAACAAGGUUUUGUUAAACUAGAAAAUGGUUCUAUGGAUACUUAUUCAAAACAAGAUGCUCUACAAAAUGGUUUGGACAAUAUGGAGAAUGGAUCUCAAAAUUUUAUUAAAGGAUUCCAAAAAUUAGUUUCCAAAAUAAUUCCUAUGACAUCAUCAGAUUUAAAUUGUGUUAAAACUCAAUCUGCAUCAUUAGAUACAGGUUCUUGCAAAAUAAUGCCUGCUACUUCUGGUUGCAAAAUUUCAGAUAGCCUGCCUAUACUUCAAGAUGCAGUACCAAUAAUUUCUAAUAAUUGUGAUUCUAAUAUAUUUGGCAGUUCAGAAAAUUUAGAUAUGUCAAAAAUAACUCAAUAUGAUCAUAUAGCACAUUUAGAUAUUCUAAAUACAAGUGGAGUCAUAGAUAAAAACUUAUUAAUCGAUGAAAAAUUAGUUGAACAGUUACAUCUAGUAGAUCAAUCAAAUUUAGUUGAUGAACUUGUAUCUGAACGAUUAAAAAAUAUUAUGCCAGAUAAUAUUUUAGAAAAUAAUUUGAUAUCAAAUAAUUCAAAUUUAGAUACUGAUCUUGAUUUUGAAGCAUUAAGUGAAGAAUUUAAUAGAAAUACUAGAAGUUGAUUCUUGGAUGAUAGCAUGCAAAAUGUUCCUAAAAAAAUUGAAAUAAUAAAUAUAGUAUAUAAUAAUAUCAAACUUAUGCAAUUGAAAUUGUAUAUGUAUGAUUACACAAUAAUGUAGAUAUUUUUUUAUAGAAAUUCUGACAGUAUCACAAUCAAUAUAUUAUAACUUCCAUAUUUGAAUGAAGAAUACUACUAACAGUAAGAUAAUAUGUCUUGCAUUCUGACAUAUAUGUAAAUAAGACUGUUUCUGUUAUAUUUAUUGUGUAUAAUGUAUAUUUUAUAUGAAAAAAUAUAAAAAAAGAUAGUCAUACUACAUCGAUAAUAUCAAAAAUGUAUCAAUGUUGAUCAAAAAAGUUUCUACUUUGUCAGAUAACAUUUCAACA